CCGUCGGAUCAUCCACAGCUCAUAUGUUUAAAUUUCUCCCGCGUUCGAUUCAGCGCUCCGAACUCCGUCAGUUACCCUCUCAACACAUCUAAAAGCGAAAUGGGAUCUGACGGUUGGUGAGCGCGAGGGAUACAACCGGGUCCUCGGCCCCUAAAAUCCCGACGCCCAUCCCGGCGCUGAAACCCUUGUCAUUUUCUCCAAGCGUUCCCCAACACCAUUGCCGAUAACAUGGCGAAGAACAUGGAUUCUUGAAGGUCUUGCCACUAGCCUUUCCCCCGGACGUCCUCACCCUUAACAUCCUCAUCAACUGUUACUGCGAGUCGGGCAUUGGACGCCAGGUGUUCGACGAAAUAAGAUUCUGGUCUUACUCUCCGAAUGUGAUAUUGCAAUACUCUGAUCAAGGGCUACUGCGUAAAAGGCAGGGUCUUCGAUGCGUUUGGCCUUCUGCGUGGGCUGACGGAGAACGGGCCGAGCCCUAAUAGCAGAACCUAUUCAAUCUUGAUUGAUUUUGUUUGCAGUAAUUCGAUUUCAGAAUUGGGCUUGCGUUUGAUUUCUUAAAUGCUGAGAGUUGGAUUGGUUCCGAGUGUCGUUGCUUACAAUUGUGUCUCAGCUGGUCUCUGCAGUGAUCGGAAGAUGAAGUUGGCGAAGAUGCUUUGCACUAGGAUGGUCAACUUGGGAGUUAAGGGAAAUGUGGUAACAUAUACUGGCUUUAUAAAUGGAUUGUGUCAGGAGAGGCAAUUAGUUGAAGCAAAAUUGCUUUUUUAAUGAAAUAUCAGAGAAGGGCUUCUCUCCAAAUGUCAUAACUUAUUGUAAUAACCCAGAACCUCACCCAAAAAGGCUAGUCAGAAGGCAUUUUUUGGAUUUCUUAGUUUUGUAUAAGUGUCCAAAAUCUCCUCACCAAAUAACCGAUGUGGGACUAAACACAUGCCCGCAUGGAUCCUCACACUUACAAUGCUCUAAUUCAUGGACUAUGCGAGGUUGGGCAACUGGAAGAGGCCAUAGGAAUGAUCCAAGAGAUGCUCUGUCGUGGUCUCAAUCCGAAUGUCGUCACAUACACAGGAGUCAUAGGGAGACUCUGUAAAGAGGGGAGAGUAGAUGAGGCAUUGAGGCUUUUUGACAUGAUGAUUCAAAAAGGGGCAGGCCCUAAUGAGUUCACUUAUUGUACCCUGCUAAAUUGGUUAUGUAAAGGAGGGCGACUUGAGGAAGCAAUCGGGCUCUUUUGCCAGAUGGAAGAGAGAGGAUUCAGUAAUAAUCUUGUUGCUUAUAAUAUUUUGAUCUGUGGAUUUUGCAAAAUGGGUAACAUGGACAAAGCAAGGAAGCUUCUCCAGGAGAUUAGAAGGAAAGGAACCAAACCUGUUGUGAUCACUUAUUACACCUUGAUGGAUGGGUACUGUAAGAUUGGGAACAUUGAGGCUGCACAGGAUUUAUUAUGUGAUAUGGAAAGGCAGGGUCUAAGACCAAAUGUGGUGAGUUACAAUACUUUAAUAUCUGGUUUUUGUAAGGUAGGUGAUCUCAAGCAUGUGCAAAUUUGGUGGAAGAAAUGGCCCAUAAAGGAGUGGAGCUUGAUGUUGUAAGUUAUAGCAUACUUUCAGAUGGCAUGUGUAAGGCUGGCAGGUGCCAAUAUACAGAGGAUUUGCUGCGUCAUAUGGUAGAGA